AUGUGUGAUAAUUCGUCGUGCAGGACGAUCCCGUUGGAACCAUUGCCUGCUGGCGCAUACAAUGCCACCACGUCGACUCCGGUGAAUAACCGCCCCGACGAUGCAAGCAAACCUUACGCAGCCGAAGAUUAUGGAUAUCAAGCUUAUAUUUCCUCAACAAGUGAACAGCCAACUACGUCUGACGGAACCGGUCUCCCUGCAAGCUCUUAUGGCUACUAUGCAACGUUGUCAAAGUAUGCACCGGAAGAGCCUGCCUUGUUCGGCACUGAUUCAUUCGCCGGUUACGCACCAGCUCCGUCAACUUUCCAUGUACCAUAUGCAGUACCUGCAGAGACAGCUUAUUCAGUACCCAACCAGGAGUCACAUGGCGACAUUGACAUGCGCGACGGUAACACCGUGCUAGCCGCUGGCAAAAGCGAUUCUUCAUCGUCUCAUUUGGAUUCUUCUCAUCUCUCUAGCAGAUCGCAGAGCAGCAUGGAUGAAGAUUCAAACGACGGUGCAAAGAGUUCCACUGCUAAAAAGAUUAAGACUCUCCCAUUACCGAAGGCGAGUGUAUGA